AUGUUGUCGUGUGGGACAUACACAAGGGGGAAAGACGUGCCGCAGAUACACUGCCUCGUGUACGUCUACUUGGUCUUUUACUGCUUGUGUGAGUGCAUCGUUUUCGGCGAGUCGACGCGAGAGCCACCCGGAUGUUACUUUCCAGACUUUUUACAGUCGUCAGGCCGAGGUAUGGGAGACUGGACUUGGAAGUACGACGGAGACGUUCAUCUGGGCAAAGUAACCGGUGGAGUUUACACCAUCUGCUCCAACCAGUAUUCCCGAUACACCGGGGACAAGGCCGAGUCGUACCAGGAGAGUCAGAUGCGUCGCAAGUGUGUCCGUCAGUACGGACCUGAUCUGUUUGCUGUGAAACACGAAGAGCCCAGGCCAACAUACCAAUGCAUCAAGUUUAUACAGAGAAGUCCGGCCGUGAUACAGCUGGCGGUGUCCGACAGACAGGUCAACCCGGAAGGCAUUUGCAGCCGUGACAAACGACUUUGCAGACAUGGCCUUCUAGCAGAGAAACAAGCUCCUGUGCGAGUGGAGAGCGACUGUGUUGACAAGGAAGGAUUCGCCAUGCAGUUCCGCGAGAAAAAUUGCAUCCCCGAGAAAAGCUUCUUUUCCAAAAACCAAAAACUGGUGUGCAUGGCCACUUGGCAAGUUGAUGGUGACGGGUUUGCUUUGCUGCGGAAGGAGCAUGAGCGAUCCUUUUAUUGUAUCCGAGUUGUAUUUGACAAUCUGGAGAACGGCUGUUACCCCAGGUUUAUCUGUAUGUACUAUGACAUGCCAGCCACCAACAUUCUGAGGUACCGACUCAGCAAUGUCCAACAGUGGCCACUGGAGCUCUCCGAUCAAAGUAUGUGUAGCAGGGAGACUUUUCUGGUUUCUCCAGACUUCAACGAUCCUAAGGAUGAGUAUGAGGAGAA